CUGGUGUACAUCACAUGACCGUCAUAAGGUUUUUUUCUCACUGGAAUAGGCGACGUCGUGCAAGGCAAAGCGAAAAUUUUCACCACCAUUUUUCGUUUGUAGUUUCAGUUCACUUUUCGUAAGCGAAUCCAGCGAGAUGUUGUGGAAAUCGCUGAUUGCGUUGUGCGUCAUUGGGGCUGCCUUGGCGGAGCAAACGCCCGUGUUUCUGUGGGGAGCCAACAGUGCGGCGAAGCCCUCCCUGAAGACGGUCCCCCAGGCGGAGUUUGCUAAGCAGUUAGCAACGUUGCUGGAAGAUCACAUGGUUGUGGCCUUCGAGGAAAAUGGCCUGAGCAGCAAAGACUUCCUGUGCUCUAACUCCCAGUCGCAGUCCUGUUACGCUCAGCUGCAAGGAGUGAGUCCCAAGACUUACUACACCAGCGUGGAGAAUCCCUCAGAGGCACUCCGUUCGGUCGCUGCCAAGCGGGAGCACAAUUCCAUCGAUGCAAGCGGAAAGUUGACCACCCCAGCCAAGUGCUCCGUAGGCACGGCCCUCUUUGUGAGCUUUGAGGAUUCUGCAGAGAGCCGAGAGUCCAGCCUGGAGUCACAUGAUGCCGCCAUUGCCGCUAUCAGCAAGCAGUUCGAUUGCAAGGUGGCUUAUCUAUACCUGGCCACCCCUUCAACUUCUCCUGUGGUGCAGCGUCGCACCCGCCGUGACACAGCCGCCACCACCGGCGGUAUCAUGUGGUCGAACAAAACGUUUCAGAUCUUCUACACCGAUUUGCUCUACAACGGCAAUUCCAUUCCGAGAACCGGAAUGUCGGUCCAAAUCAGCUCGGCCACUCAGUUUUCCGUUAUUCUUAAGGGAGAUAAGGACAUCACCUUUGACGUUCUAUAUGAUGGUGGAUACUUUAGCCUGAGCAAUUUGGCUUACGACGGCAGCACCUUCCGCUCCAGCGGUGUAAAUGCCCCCACCACGUUCUCCUACUCGUGCGGAAACCUCACCCUCGACUCCAAUGCCGUGAAUAACAUGUACAACACCCUGAGCUUCAAGUCCCUGCAACUGCAGGCUCCAUUCGAUGACAGCUACCAGGCAAACUUUGCUUUUGGUGACUCCUGGGAUUGUGUAGGCUUCGUGACGCCCGGAAUUCUAAUGGGACUGUUUGUGGUCGCCUUACUGUUGGUCAUCAUGUUCCUUGGCGUCUGUUGGAUGAUGGAUAUCAACACGAUGGACCGCUUCGACGAUCCCAAGGGCAAGACUAUCACCAUCAAUGCCGCUGCUGAUUAAACGGCUAGCUAGCUUCAUUAAUUCACUCCUUAUUUGAUUGUUCAAUACGCACUCAAUAUUCAUUCCUCUAUUCCUUCAGUCUAUCUACAUAUAUUUGUAAACGUUUCAAUACUUAAUACCGUAACCAUAUAACACAUAACCGGGAAAUUAGUACUCACAAUUUGUAUCAUAUCUGUAAUUUUUGCCGGCAAAGAUCAGUUGACGCCCAGCAUCAAAGUGCCACUGGUUUUUGUCGCCGAAAAUUGUCUGAGGUUUUGCUUGCACCGACUUGGCAUCCAGUAUUUCAUUUAGUAUAGCCCCUAAAUGUCGUAAAUCGAAGGAAUUAUAAAAAGACGCACACGUGUGUGUGUACGAUUGUGUGUAUGUGUGAGUGCCCAUAGGCAGUAAAUCUAAUCUUUAAUAUAUCUAAGUGUUUUAUAGUUUCUUGUUUGGCGCAAAUAUGCGAGACUAAUUUAUGCCUCUGUAUGAUAGUUUGUCAUUUGUGCAACCCUCCUGUUCGCAGGCCCAACGAAAAUAAAGUUUUUUUUCAAUUGUGUUACAAA